CCAUUGUAAGCUAUUCGCACCUUCACUUUGUUUAUGUAGUAUUCCUGAUCUUAGUUACUUGUUUCCAUUAUUGUUUUCACGAUUAUAAUAAUGUUUGCUUAACUGAGUUCACUAGUUUUAACUCAGAGCCGUACCCACAGUAGAUUCCAACUUCAUAGAGCUAAUCGCCACUAUCAAUUUUGAGUAGUAACUGAGACGGUGGAAGAAGAAGAACCACCAUAACAUUCUCAAUCUUCUUCUUCACUCACCGGAGACUCACAGUGUAGCAUAUAUGGAUCUAAGUUUCCUAAUCCACGCUCUCAUUCCAUCUUCCAACUCCGUUGCUUUACUUGCGGGUUUCUUCGCUUACUUGGCCAUUGUUGGAUCUAUUCUUCCUGGAAAACUUGUUCCUGGGGUUGUUCUCUCUGAUUCAACUCGCCUUCACUAUCGCUGCAAUGGUCUACUUUCGCUUCUUCUGUUGGUUGGACUUCUCUGUAUCAGUGCCAAGAUAGAAUUUGUAUCUCCUACUGCCAUAGCAGAUAGUGGACUUGAGCUGCUGUCUACAACUUUUAUCUUCAGUUUUCUUGUGACCCUGGUACUCUAUUUUUCCGGUCACAAGUCACGAAAUAAAGGUUCAUCCCUAAAGCCUCAUAUCAGUGGAAACCUGAUAGACGAUUGGUGGUUUGGAAUACAACUAAAUCCUCAGUUCUUGGGUAUUGACCUCAAAUUUUUCUUUGUUAGAGCUGGAAUGAUGGGGUGGCUACUUAUCAACCUAUCUGUUCUUGCCAAGAGUAUUCAAGAUGGUACUUUGAGCAAGUCCAUGAUUCUCUUCCAGCUAUUCUGUGCACUAUACAUCCUGGACUACUUUGUACACGAAGAGUAUAUGACAUCCACAUGGGACAUAAUUGCGGAAAGAUUAGGCUUCAUGUUGGUCUUUGGAGAUUUAGUGUGGAUUCCUUUUACUUUUAGCAUACAGGGUUGGUGGCUUUUGAGGAACAACGUGGAGUUAACAACGGCCGCAGUUGUAGCUAAUUGCUUUGUCUUCCUUAUUGGAUACAUGGUAUUUCGAGGAGCAAACAAGCAAAAACAUGAUUUCAAGAAGAACCCAAAGGCUCCUAUAUGGGGUAAGCCUCCAAAAGUCGUUGGAGGCAAGUUACUUGCUUCUGGUUAUUGGGGUGUUGCGAGACACUGUAAUUACCUAGGAGACUUGUUGCUUGCUCUCUCUUUUAGCCUACCUUGUGGCAUCAGUUCACCAGUUCCAUACUUCUAUCCAAUUUAUCUUCUCAUUCUGCUAAUAUGGCGAGAGAGAAGAGACGAAGCUCGAUGUGCGGAGAAGUAUAAAGAUAUAUGGUUAGAGUAUCGUAAACUUGUUCCAUGGAGAAUAUUGCCUUAUGUUUAUUAGCUUCACCAUUAGUUUUUCAUCUUGCUCAUGGUGUUAACCACUUUAAUGUAGUCCCAAUACACGUUUAUGCUAUGUGUUUGUACUAUAUAAUUUGAGAUUUUUUGUAACCA